CUCGACUUCAGGCUUUCAACCUACAAUUUCUCACAAUUAACAGUUAACAAUUCAAGUUAAAUCUCAAGGGUCUAAGACCAUCGAGUCUGUUGCCUACUAUGCAUAUGUAGACCUUCACUAGGAAUUGUGCGUCAGUACCUAGUACUCACCGACAUUUAGGAACAGACAGGAUACAUACUUAUUAUGCGAUCUCGUCUCCCUGGUUCAUUCUUUCCGCACACGCAACUUGGAAGCAACUUGGAAGCACUCGGGUAGACCUCGAAGAAGCGUGAAACCGUCAUAUCCCCAAGGUCUCUCAUCUGGUCCAACUCUAUCCUCAACAUGAGUGAUCUUCUCAACUAUCUAGUACAGCAUGAUCAGAAUUUUAGAAGGGCUCGCCUUCCAGCUCUCUACUCCGAUUUCCGUUCCCAACGGACCCUAAAUCCAGAUGGCUUCGUCGCCAACGUCGCAGCAUGGAAGCAGGCGCUCUCUUCUGCCGCGCUCGCCGGCUACGCACCAUCUAAAUCAACUACACGGAAUCACCUGAUCCUCGAUCUAGACAGCGAUUCGCUCCUACGCUCCCUCGAAAGUAAGCAAUUCGGGCGGCCCCUAGCAUUGGGAACUGUUCUACAGGAUGCUAUAGCGAACGGAGAGAUGAUGUCACUGCAACAGUUCCUCAAGACCAAGGAGAGUAUAUACUACCGAUCAUGGGGGAAUAUACCGUGGUCUGUCAUGUCGUGGGGGCUUAAGCAGGUAGGAAUAGGUGGACCAGGCGACAGUCUACCCCGGGGCCAGUUCGUGGUAUUGCAAAAUCUGGACGCGAUUGCCAAGGCAUUUAGCGAGGCAAUCGUAGACCGUACUUCACCAUUCGAGCGAAGCUUCUCGAAGGCUCAUUUUAGACGAACCUUUGCCGAGGGCUUACUCGAGGAGAAUCAACGACUAUCCGAGACGGACUUCGAGGUACUGGUAAAGUUUCUAUCGCGAGACAAGCACAUACUAGCUACGGAUGGGAACACAAUCAAGAUCCGGAAUAGUGCUGAAGAUGCGACUGUCACUGAGGAAGACUCAGCGAUUGCGUCCCUAAAGGAGCUGAUGGAAGACUUGACACGACAAACCAAGAUAUUGAACCAUCGCAUCGACGAACUAAACCUCGCCGCCCAAGAUGCUGUGCGCAGAAAGAACCGGGUUGCCGCGCUGGCGUCUCUCAAGUCAAAGAAGCAGGCCGAAGCGAAUCUUUCGCGGCGUCACGCUACUCUCAGCCAGCUAGAAGAUGUUGCUGCUAAGAUCGAGCAGGCAGCUGAUAAUGUCCAAUUGGUGAAGGUCAUGCAGUCAAGCACGGUUGCGCUUCGCAACUUAAACGCCCAAGUGGGUGGCGCCGACAAAGUCGAUGAGGUACUAGAUAAUCUCCGCGAGCAGAUGGGCGAAGUGGAUGAAGUAGGCAACGUAAUCGCCGAAGUAGGACCUGGCGCCACUAUCGACGAGACGGAGGUAGAUGACGAAUUCGAAGCCAUGCUAGCGGAGGAGCGGAAGAAGGACGAGGAGACAGAGAGGAUCAAGCGGGAAGCCCAGGAAGAGAGAGAAUCCGAAGAGACGAGGCUAAGGUUGGCCGAACUGGAGAAGUUAGGACCAUUACCUGUGCCUAGUCAGAUGACGGAGAAGGAUACGAGACCUAUUACACCCGUUACUACCACUGCUAAUGAGUUGGGAGACAUGCAUAUAAAGAAUGAUAAUGGGGCGCAGAAGAUAGCGCAGAAGGCCGAGUAAAUUCAUUAGCAACCAUCUAAUACUAAAUCGGCCU